AUGUGGGCUAGAUUCGGUCUGCCAAGACAGAUGAGUGACAACGGUCCGCCAUUUACUAGUCAGGAAUUUCAGUUAUUUCUUAAGGAUAACGGUAUAGAACACAUAUUUUCAGCACCCUAUCACCCGGCUUCGAAUGGCGCAGCUGAGAAUGCGGUUAGAAUGGGCAAGCGGGUUAUAAAGAAGGCACUAGUACAGGGUGUGAAUAUCGAUAUCGCGCUUAAUAGGUUUCUACUCGUAUAUCGUAACACCGAACACUGUACUACCGGUGUGAGCCCCGCGAAAUUAUUACAAGGUCGUUCACUGCGCACACGCCUCGACUGUCUGAAGCCGGAGCUGGGGCCCCGCGUGCGGCGCGAGCAGGCGCGACAUGCGCGCGCCGCGGGCGGCAGUCGCCGGCAGUUCGCGCCGGGAAACCGCGUAUGGUACCGCGAUUAUCGUAACUCGGUUGUAAAAUGGUUAAAAGGAGAAGUACACUCCAGACUAGGAGAAACGGACUAUAAUAUUCUAGGGGCUGAUAAAGUCUUUAUUCAUAGACAUGUCGACCAGAUAAGACCACGAUCGGGGGAGCCGGAUAGGGAAGGGGAAGACCGGGAUGUUUCAGAAGGAGGAAGAGGUUCAUUAUCACGUUCCUAUCUAGUGUAUCCGAAUGGCUCCUCUCCAGUGGUGGAGGAAGAGGCCAGUUCGAGUGGAUUUGAUUUUGAUUAG